AUGCACUUUAGUAGCAUCACGUCUCCCAUUACUGAUUGCAUGAAGGAGAGUAAGUUUCAGUGGACUCCCGAGGUAGAGAAGGUGUUUGUGACCAUUAAGGAACGCUUGACUUCAGUCCCGAUACUUGCGUUGCCUGAUUUCACAAAGCCUUUCGCAUUACAUUGUGAUGCCUCCAAACUGGGCAUCGGAGCUUUCCUUAGGAAGGAAAACCAGCAAUUUGCCAUUGGCGACAUUAUCUAUUUGAGCGAGAAUUUGUCUUAUACAGUUGCCUUUUUACAACAAUUCAACUUUGUCAUUAAGCAUCAGGCUGGUUCAUCUAAUCGUGUGGCAGACGCACUCAGUCGGUGUCAUGGGUUAUUAGCACAUCUACAGGUGGCAGUUAUCGGGUUUGACACCUUUGCCUCUCUUUAUGCUGAUGAUCCUUAUUUUGGCCCCAUUUUCCACAGUUUACUGCAGGAAUCCCAUUCCCCCUUUCUAUUAGAGAAUGGUUAUGUGUUUUGA